AUGACGGUCAUCGAGGCGUCAACGGUCCCCUUAUCCCAGUCCGUGCUUGUCAGCAAGAUGGAGGACCGGAAAAGACCUGCUUCGCUUGAUCCCAGUGACUCUACCCCACCCUCGAAACGACAAGCGACGUCCGUGAAUGGUGGAGGGAAGCCACAUCCUGAUGCGGAUAUGCCAUGGAAAGACGAUUUAGAGCGCGUCCAGAAAGAUGCAAUCCUCCGUCAAAUGCAGGAGUAUAAACGCGAAAAGGCAACACUGGAAACCCGGCUCAAGCAACUGACGAAAUCCGUUUCUUACCAUGAUGAACAUCUCCGUGUUAUUGACGCCUGGCUCAAACAGUUACUUGACGAAGUUAAAGUCCUAGUUGGGCCUUUGGAUGAAGGGUCUUUAGAUGGACCUAUCCCAGAAAGUGCUUUAUUAUUCGCGGACCAUGAGAAUUUUCAGACACAUUUAAACGAUUGGAGAGAUUCAAUCAAGUCUACAAUUUCGCUACUAUGCGCUCGUGCACCCAAAGCUUCGCAAGAUGUGACAGAUCUACAAUCUCGACUCAAUAAAACCCUGGCAGAAGAAAAGGCAACAACGGUUGAGCUAGAAAAAGCACUGGCUGACAAGCAUCAACUCGAAGAGCGCCUAGAGGCAGCGUCGCUGAGAUAUAUGGUCGCGGAGAAGAAAAUAGAUAGGGCUAAGAGUUCGACUGUUGCAAAAUUGGAAAAGCAAUACCUAUUUGGGCCUCAAAGAAAUUCUGGGGGCAAGUCCUCGGUACGGCGGGAAGAAAGUUCAGGUCCUAAUGGCUCACCCGACGCUUCGGAAAAACUGGUAGAUCUUGAAUCAUCAUAUAACAAGACACUAGCGAUUUCGGAAGUUCAAAAAGAUCAACUGGAAAAGUUAGAGGCUGAGAAUACUAAGCUACUCACACAAAUUACCGAUUUGAACGUGAAGCUCUCGAAACUAUCGGAUGAAGACUAUGCUCAAACCGAUCUAUUUAAACAGCUGAAAUCUCAACAUGAAGACGUCAUCAAGCGGAUCAACCAUCUCGAAGCCACAAAUGUCCAACUACGCGAAGAAGCGAAGAAACUUCAAGCGGAAAGAACCGCAUAUCAGAUACAAGUAGAAAACGAGGCCCAAACUUCUGCAGACGAAAAGGAAGCAUAUCUCUCAAAAGUGGAGUCCGAUUUAGCUCGUAUCAGAAAUGCUCGAGAUGAAUUGCUUGCGGAUCAACAAAUGAGGAAGGCGGCUCAAGAUCAAGAGAAAUUUUCCUUGGUCCAGAUGAAGGAGUUAUUGGAAGCUAGAGAUGCCCGUAUUGCGUCGCUUGAAUCCGAGGUAGAGCGGUUGCAACUCCAAACAGAUGGGACGAAAUCCGUGCGCCCAAGUACGGCUAAAUUAUCUCUGGAAGACUUGAGAACAAAAUACGAAACUCUGGAUAAACAAUACGAGUUGCUUAAUACUGAGCUCUCUUCAAUGCAAGCGGCCUUCAAGCGAACAUCUAAACUUGCAUCUCAAAAAAUCAAUGACUUGGCCACUCUGGAAGAGAAGGUCCAGCGGCUAACGGCCGAAAAGUCGAAGGCUGAUCAGAAGUACUUCGCAGCAAUGAAGAGCAAAGAAGCACGCGAUCUUGAACUUCGGACCUUACGUGUUCAAAACAUGAAAAGUUCUGAUAUCAUAUCACAGCUCAAAGAAACCGAAGGCACUACUCGAAAUUUAGUCUCAAACGUUGAGAAGCAACUUUUUGAAACCAAAGAGGCUUUGAAUACCGCGCUUGCACAACAUCGGACAUCCCAACAGCAAGUUACCGAAGCAAAUCUAGCUAUUCAAGGGCUGAGAUUACAAGUGGCGGAACUGAAAGCGCUUCUUGCCAACAGGGACGCCUCUCUUGCGUCAGCCAAUAGCAACUGUCGAAAGGCUGAAAGUGCAGUCGAAGGACUCAAAUCCACUCUCGCCGAUACUAAGAAAAGCAUGGAAUCUUGGAAGGCUAAAGGAUUAGGUAAUUCCUCUUCGGAAUAUGAAAUGCUCAGGUCCCUUGCGCUUUGCACCGUCUGCCGCAGGACAUUCAAGAACACAGCCAUCAAGACCUGUGGCCAUAAAAUGCCCUAA